AUGGAAAAUGUGAUUCACCAAGUGUUCGCCGCCAGCAGCACCUUCAACAUCGUCGUUGUUUUGACCACAAUUCUGGUGAGUUUUGCGAAGGAAAUAAAGAAAAACGGAAUUUGUUUUGCUGUUGCAGGCCGGCGGAGUGAUCGGAUAUCUUGUGCACAAGUACGUGGCUCAGAAGCAGUUCGCGAAAGUGCAGAAAAAGGGAAAAACGACGGAAAGCGGAGAGUUCAACGGAAAAAUGAACACGGUGAGCGAAAAUUGCUUUUCUCAUUGAAAACCGGAAAACUUUACAUGCAAACUCAAAAUCAAAAUUACAGGACGUUCUCCGCAAACCGCACGUCAAUUUCAGCUCGGAAUUCUGCGAUAACGGUACGAAAUUUACACGAGUUUUGCGUUUUUCAAUGAACACUUUCAGAAUCGAUGCCGUCGUCGAAGAAAUACGAAGUGAACGAGGAAGAAACGGAAGAAGAUGAAGUAGAAGACGAGGAAGAGAUGCCCGAGUUGGAGGAGGAAGACGAAAAUGAGCAAGAGCCGGAAGAGAUUGUUCGUUUUUUCGGCCCACAAAUAUGAAACAAAAGGGGUGUUCGAUUUGUCAAAUUUUUCACUCGGAGAAACGAAUCGGCAAUGUUAUUGCAAGCAUCGAUUCAAACUUAGGCUCAAAAAUUGGGCGUUUUCGCUAUUCUCGCUUUAAAACUUCGUGUAAUUUUGUCGUUUAUCAAAAAAUGCUUGUAAAGCGCCCAAAUCGGUCUGGCGAAAUCGAUACCAAAUUUAGCGCUUUUCAUUGUUAUCGAAGAAGAAAGAGUUAACUGAAUUCCGUGUUACAAGUACUCAUUUUCAGCCGAGAAAGCGAGAAAGCCUGUUGUUGGACAGCAACCGAAUCAAUGCGACAAUCGGAAAAUUGCACGGAAAACUGGCGACCGCCCAGCUGAAAGCCAAAACUCGGCAGAUGGAAUCGGAAAUGAGCAACGAGGAGAAGGAAUAUGUUAGAAUCUCCUAAAUUUAAAAGAAAUUCGAGAAGAACGCGUUUCAGGAGGAGCGAAUGAAGGCGAAUCAGAUGGCGUCGAUCAUGAAGAUGAUGAUGGAUAAUCCCGAGAAGUUCGGAAUGGACACCGAACAGAUCAAGGAGCAGAUGAACUUGUAUAACUUUUGA